AUGGAGAGAGCCAGUCUGAUCCAGAAGGCCAAGUUGGCAGAGCAGGCCGAGCGUUAUGAGGACAUGGCAGCCUACAUGAAGAGCGCUGUGGAGAAGGGCGAGGAGCUCUCCUGCGAGGAGCGGAACCUGCUCUCCGUGGCCUACAAGAACGUGGUCGGUGGUCAGCGGGCUGCCUGGAGGGUCUUGUCCAGCAUUGAGCAGAAAGGCCAUGAAGAGGGCUCAGAAGAGAAGGGCCCCGAGGUGAAAGAGUACCGGGAGAAGGUGGAAACGGAGCUGCGGGGUGUGUGCGACACCGUGCUGGGCCUGCUGGAUAGCCACCUCAUCAAGGAGGCUGGGGACGCGGAAAGCCGGGUCUUCUACCUGAAAAUGAAGGGCGACUACUUCCGCUACCUGGCUGAGGUGGCCACGGGGGACGACAAGAAGCGCAUCAUCGACUCAGCUCGCUCUGCCUACCAGGAGGCCAUGGACAUCAGCAAGAAGGAGAUGCCGCCCACCAACCCCAUUCGCCUGGGCCUGGCCCUGAACUUUUCCGUCUUCCACUAUGAGAUCGCCAACAGCCCGGAGGAGGCCAUCUCACUGGCCAAGACCACCUUCGACGAGGCCAUGGCUGACCUGCACACCCUCAGCGAGGACUCCUACAAGGACAGCACCCUCAUCAUGCAGCUGCUGCGAGACAACCUGACGCUGUGGACGGCGGACAACACGGGGGAAGAAGGGGGUGAGGCUCCAGAGGAGCCCCAGAGCUGAGCCUGCCUGCAUCUCCCUGCCCUGCCCCCCCAAACCCCACCCCUGCGGAGAGGACUCAAGGGGUGGGAGGCCCCUGUACCGCUCAGAACCAUCUCCUGGAGCGCUGGACCCACAGA